UUUAUUUGUGCGCCGUGUGCCCUAAUGGAGGAAAAACACACUAGCUUUAGCCACAUAGCUAACGUGUCUGUACCUGCUCGUGUCUCUUAACGUUGUUAAAACGAUCACCUGAUUCACUGCCUUGUUAUUCCUUUCAAUUUAAACGUGUAAAGAAGAAAGCAGGAGCUGGAAAACACGGGGUUUUAUGUUUGCUUAGAAAGGUCGUGCUUAACAUACAUACUGUAAGGUUAACCUGCUUAGAUGAUCUAUUUAUCUAUCUGUCUGUCUGUCUGUCUGUCUGUCUGUCUGCAGUUAAUUUUCACAGCAGCAUGAAGAGAAAAAUGUGAUUUUAGUUGACCAUGGUUGUUUAUACACCGUGGGCUGUUUAGAGUAUUUCAGAAAUCCCAGAGGAUUGUACAGUAUAUAGUUUACACACAUAAUACACACACACACACACACACAAUACACAAUAGUGUGGAAUAAUAAACCAAAAACCAUCCAGUGAGCCUUGAUUCUUUGUGUGUAAAUGCCUUUACUAUUUGAUAGAGCUCAGAGAAGGAAAGCCGUACCGGUUUGCUCUGACAGGAAGGUUAUGGUAGCUCAAAUAACCAUGCUUUGCAACCAGGGUGAGCAGAAAAGCAUCUCUGAGCAGGAAUCUGAAGCUAGAGCAGGAAACACACUCACUCAGUUUUUUUUUUCUUUUCUUCUUUCUUGUGAGCCAUUUUGAUUCACCAGUUCCUGUACCACAUGUGAAUAUCCGAUACAACUCCUUAAAUAGAUUUUCGUUUCCGUUACACGCCGUUUCAAGAAUCGACGACUUGCACUUUCUGGUCUGGUGAAUUGCAGUUUGUUGUGUGAAAGUUUCAGAGUUUGGCAUCAACAGCAUGGAUCACUGGUGUCCACAGUUCAGGCUGAUGGAGGUGGUGUAAUCAGAAAUGCUUUAAAGCGUACAUUUACAGUUACAAUUUACUUAUAUGAAUAUUUAUUUGUUUGUUUGUUUAUUUCUUUAUUUAAAUAGCAUAAUGAUGCAUUGUCACAAAGUCAUCUCAGACAGGUCUCAAUCUGUUCACCUCAAUGACCUCCCCAGUAACCAGCAUCUAAAAAAAGCACCUAUGGGAUGUGCUAUAUUCACAGCAUGAUUGUGCAUCUGAUCUGAAUCCGGAGCUCUACUACGAUGCAGUCGUGUCAACACAGACCUAGGCAAUGUUUUUAAAACCAAUGCCAAACCGUACUAACAUCAUGUCUCCUAAUUUUCUUUGACAUCACUACGUGUCACAUCGGUCUUUACCUCCUUAAUGAAAACCUUCCUUGUUAAAUGAUUGAAGCAGACAAGCUUUUUCUGAGGUUUUUAUAACUCAGGUGGUGUGUGGGUGGAAGAAGUGCAGGAUUUUGUGUCUGGGUUAACGUUCUAUGUUCGGGUGACUCAUAACCCUGGCAUGUGGCGAGUUUUAAUUCUAGGUGUCAAAGAUAACAGGACAUCAGAGGCUGUUGGACACAGAAGACUUCAAUCUGUUCCUUUCUGUCUGCUUCAUGAAGCUUAAACCACUGCCAGUGAAUCGCUGAAAAUGUGUACGGGAUGAACUUGGCUCUGUCCCUCUGACGUGCCCGAGCUAGGGCCUGCCUGGUGGAUUCCUCAAUCGCCCUGCACCACUGCCAACAUGCUGAUUAAAGAGUACCGCAUCCCCAUGCCCAUGAGCGUGGAGGAGUACCGCAUUGCCCAGCUCUACAUGAUCCAGAAAAAGAGUCGAGAGGAGAGCGAAGGCGAGGGCAGUGGCGUGGAGAUCCUGGAGAAUCGACCCUACACGGACGGGCCCGGCGGCUCGGGACAGUACACCCACAAAGUGUACCACAUCGGGCAGCACAUCCCCAGCUGGUUCCGCUCCAUCCUGCCAAAAGCAGCUCUACGUGUGGAGGAAGAAUCCUGGAACGCAUACCCAUACACUCGCACCCGUUACACGUGCCCUUUUGUGGAGAAGUUCUCCAUCGACAUCGAGACGUAUUAUAAGCCCGACACGGGGAACCAGAACAACGUCUUCAAUUUGUCUUCAGCAGAGAAAAGGCAGCGGGAUAUCGACCCUAUAGACAUUGUGAAAGAUGUUAUUGCACCUCAUGAGUACUUGGCGGAAGAGGAUCCCAAGCUGUACAAGUCGGUGAAGACUCAGCGAGGCCCUCUGUCAGACAACUGGAUCCAGGAGAUUAGCCUUAACCCGGGCAUGAUGCCUGUCAUGUGCGCCUACAAGCUGUGCAAAGUGGAGUUCCGCUACUGGGGCAUGCAGUCCAAGAUCGAGCGUUUCAUUCACGACGUGGGUUUGAGGAAAGUGAUGGUGCGUGCACACCGGCAGGCCUGGUGCUGGCAGGAUGAAUGGUACGGCCUGACCAUGGAAGACAUCCGACAGCUGGAGCUGGAGACUCAGCUGGCCCUGGCUAAGAAGAUGGCGCAGUAUAGCUGCAACGAAGACGGAGGAGAGGGCAACAACAGUCCUGCCAAAGAACAGGACGCCAAGGAGGCCAUUAACGCCAUCGAGAACGAAAGCGCAACGCGGAGUCUUGGUGACACGCUGCAGGCCCGGGGAGAACUCACCAAACAGUGGUCCACUUCGUCCAGAUCUUCCCGUUCCUCAAAAAGAGGAGCAAGCCCAUCUCGCCACAGCAUUUCCGAAUGGCGCAUGCAGAGCAUCGCCCGUGACUCAGACGACAGCACAGACGACGAGUUCUUUGAUGCACACGAGGACCUCUCAGACAACGAGGAGAUAUUCGUCAAAGAGAUCACCAAGUGGAACUCCACCGACCUGAUGGACAAAAUCGAGACAGCAGAGGCGGACGAACCCCAAAGUGACUUGUACCAGGACUCUGGGGUUGAGUACACCGAAGCCGAGAACGUUCAAAGACUCAACGAGGAUGGCUCGGGUCAGCAGGGUCUGCAGUCGUCGUCGAAGGUGCACGUGUUGCUCCUGGUCCUGCACGGUGGCAACAUCCUGGACACUGGAGGCGGAGAGCAGAGCAGCAAGCAGGCCGACGUCAACACUAUCAGCUCGGUGUUCGAGACAGUCAUGCGCGUACAUUACCCGACAGCUCUGGGCCGCAUCGCCAUCCGCACGGUGCCCUGCCCCGCCGUGUGUGUGGAGGCUUUCUCACUCGUGUCAAAUUUAAGUCCGUACAGCUAUGACGAGGGCUGCCUCUCUAACAGUCAGGAUCACAUUCCUCUCGCUGCUCUACCUCUGCUGGCCACGUCCGCCCCUCAGUACCAGGAUGCCGUGGCCGCGGUUAUAGUGCGAGCCAAUCAGGUGUACGGAGACUUCAUCAAAUCGUUGGAAGGCACCAUGUUCUCUGGCCAGGUGUGUCUGAUAGGUGACUGUGUCGGAGGGAUCCUGGGCUUUGAUGCCCUCUGCAGCAGCAACAUUACCGUGUCAGAAAGCCAGAACAGUAGCAGGAGAGGGAGCAUCGUCAGUGUGCAGGACACCGAUCUGCUCUCGCCGGGCAUCAUCAUCAACAGUAGUCCUUCAGGCUCAGGCACGGGCUCAGGUUCUGGUUUGUCCCUGGAAGGCAGCCGUCACUUGAGCCGCAGCAACAUCGACAUCCCACGCUGCAGCGGUGCCGACGACCCCAAAAAACAGUUGCCCCGCAAGCGUAGCGACUCCUCGACCUAUGAACUGGACACCAUCAAGCAGCACCAGGCCUUCCUUUCUAGUUUACACUCCAGCGUUUUAAGGAAUGACCCCGGCUCUCGGCGGUCCAGUAACAGCACCAUGCUGGAAGGAGGUGGCGCUCUGGGCAAGUUUGAUUUCGAGGUGUCUGAUUUCUUCCUGUUUGGCUCUCCACUGGGUUUGGUCCUGGCUUUGAGGAAAACUGUGGUUCCUUCUCUAGAUGUGGCUCACCUACGUCCAGCCUGCCAGCAGGUGUAUAACCUGUUCCACCCUGCAGACCCGUCAGCUUCACGCCUGGAGCCACUGCUGGAGAAGAAGUUCCACCAGCUGGCGCCUUUCAGUGUGCCACGGUACCAGCGGUUCCCUCUAGGCGACGGCCACUCGGCCCUGUUGGUGGAUGCCCUCCAGAGCAACCCUCACCUCCUGCUGGAGAGUGGAGGCCGCUGCCAUGACGGCUUAGGCGAGACUUCCAUCCCCGUCCCCGUGCUCAACUGGCAGGCUGCGCCAGCCACGCCCGAGUCGGAUGUAAUGCAUUCUCACGGGGGGAUGUUCCUGGAGAACUCGUACCCCUCGUCGCCCGCUUCAGCCCCAGCAUCCCGAAUCAUUCGCAGGCCCAGCGAGGUCAGCAUCGCUAGCCAGGUUUCCGGACUGGCAGAUAGUUACACUGCCUCCAAUAUUGCCAACACACAAGCAUGCCAACUCAAUCAGUCCAAAAAGCUUAGCCUUUUGUCCCAGCUGGCCCUCCCUUAUAACAAAAUGUCCUCAAGAAGCCCAUCCCCGAAAGCCCGCUACAAGUUGCUCAGUAGCAGAGCGGCGGGCUCAGAUGAGGUGAGCUGCUUCGAGCCCUCCCCUCUCCCCGACUCCAGCCCUCCAUCGCCGAACAUGCAGCUGGAUAUAGAGCAAGUCGCUGCUCGUUGGUGGGGGACAAAGCGCAUUGACUUUGCCCUGUACUGCCCUGAUGCCCUGACUGCCUUUCCCACCGUGGCUCUACCUCACCUGUUUCAUGCUUCUUACUGGGAGUCUACAGACGUUGUGUCCUUUCUGCUCAGACAGGUAAUGAGGCAUGAAAACUCCAGUAUUCUGGAGCUGGACGGGAAGGAAGUUUCCGAAUUCACACCGUCCAAACCACGAGAGAAGUGGCUGAGGAAGAGAACACAUGUUAAGAUCAGGAACGUAACCGCGAACCAUCGUGUGAACGACGGCGUCUUCACGGAGGAUGGCAUGCAAGUUGUCAAUGGCCGGUUCAUGUAUGGCCCGUUGGAUAUGGUCACUCUAACUGGAGAGAAGGUUGACAUCCACAUAAUGACACAACCUCCAUCAGGAGAGUGGGUGUACUUUGACACAGAACUGACCAACAGCAGUGGACGUGUUUUUUACACAAUCCCAGAGAGCAAGCGCUUAGGAAUCGGAGUGUACCCAGUCAAAAUGGUGGUCAGAGGUGACCACACAUCUGCAGACAGCUACUUGACUGUGCUACCACGUGCCACAGAAUUUGUAGUGUUCAGCAUCGAUGGCUCGUUUGCUGCCAGUGUGUCCAUUAUGGGCAGCGACCCUAAAGUCAGAGCAGGAGCAGUGGACGUUGUCAGGCACUGGCAGGACUUGGGCUACCUGAUCGUGUAUGUGACAGGCCGUCCAGACAUGCAGAAGCAGCGAGUGGUGGCCUGGCUCUCGCAGCACAAUUUCCCUCAUGGCAUUGUGUCCUUUUGCGACGGUUUGGUGCACGAUCCUCUUCGCCACAAAGCAAACUUCCUCAAGACCCUCAUAUCUGAGGCGCACAUGAAGAUCAUUGCUGCGUACGGCUCCACUAAGGACAUCUCGCUGUACACUUCGCUCGGCCUGCAACCAUCUAACAUCUACAUUGUUGGCAGACCAACGAAAAAGUUGCAGCACCAGUGCCAGUUCAUCUCAGAUGGUUACGCGUCUCAUUUGUCAGAUCUGGAGUACAAUCAGCGCUCUCGACCGGCCAAGACUGGCAGCACACGUGUGACUCUGCGUAAGGGAAGCUUUGGUCUGGGUGCCAGUGGCGACUUUCUGCGGAAACGCAACCACCUGUUGCGCACCAUCUCCUCUCAGCCAGCUCCCACAUCCUCGGCCACAUCGUCUGGCCAUGGGGGCCGCCCGGAACGUGCUCAGAGCCAAUCUGAGUUUGACCGCGAGCGGGCUGAACGUGCACAGAGGAGCAUGAGCAUUGCGGCGGGCUGUUUUGGACGUGCAGGGAAAAUGGAGGGAGGCACCCUGAGCCCCAAGUAACCCUCCAUCAACUUGCUAUGUAUAACUGGGAGUCUUUUUAUUUAUUUAUUUUUUUAAAGGAAUGGUGGAUCGGGAAGAACAAAAAUGAAAAAUGGAACAGACUCCAUGAGAGACCGGCACAGCUUUUCUAAUGUAGCAAGCAUGGCAUUAGGGGAAAGAUUUUAUUCCACUGAGGUAACACACCAUCCAGAAAUCUAAUGCCUUAUGCAUCGCUCUAGGUUUUUUGAACACUGGUCCUUGCCUCUUCUCAGUUUGCUUGAAUGUAGAGAGAAAACGGAUGCUUGAGUAGUUCGGACUCCUCCAAUCUCCACCUGCAUCAUCAGAAAAGUGGAAGGUCUCCAACAUGUCAUAAUGAUGUCCACCAACAUUUUCCACCUGUAAAUACAUGCCUCCUUCCUCACAUGCUCAGGGCAGUCGUGUAUGGACGAGUCAACCAUGGUUUAUCCCAGGAGCCACUUGUGUUCGCCACAACCAACCCCUCUUUGCCAAAUGCUAGCCCCUAGUUUCUUCCUGUUUUUACUGAACUGUUCCUGUGGAGGGGGUUCCCGUACAAAAAAAGCCCUGCAGCAUUUGGCAACAAGGACCCACUGUGUUGCAUCUUGUGUUUGGCACGCAGGUCAUCAGAGGCCUUACUUCUUAACAGCGUAUUACCACACGAGCAUUAAACAUACAUGGGCCGAGAACUGCCCUGGGGCUGAAAAGUGAGGAAGUUGGCCUUUUUUCUUUUACUUUCAAUCUGAAAUUUGGCAACAAUCCCUUUAUCUGGCCAUCUGCUUGCAAUACUGUACCUCUCGGACAUCACUAGGGUGUCUAGUGCUCCUGAAAACUCUCAUCUCUCUGGUGCAGCAUGCCAUGUACAGAUAGCCAAGUACGAAUCCUUCUGAGCCUCCACGCUUUCUCCUUUCCUUAGUACCGUUCUCCUUCGCACAGGUUCUGGAGCAGAACCACUUCGCCGCUCUGCUCCUCUAAAUCGCAUCAGCCCACGAACGAGACGACCGCAGUAGGCAUCUAUCCUACUAUAUUUACAAAGCGUACGUUGGAGAAAUCCAUUUUUCUCCAGACGCUCAAAGCAGCAUAUAGUCGUCUCUUGCCAAUUUGUGCACCUUUACCGCUUUGCUUUAUCGAACGAAUCCUGAGAGUAUACGGACGUCUGGCGACACUUGAUCCAACCGAUGGCCAAAAUCAUUUAUUUUCCAGAAGCUGUAGUUACGUAACUGUAUAACCUCAUUGUUCCUUUUGCACAAAGUCAAUAGUAGAGAACCUUGUUACCAUCUCAUGUGGCUACAUAUUGUUAUUGUGUAGUGCAUGAUCUUUAUUAAUAUAUGACAGGAUUCGAGUGCGUUGUGUGCACAGCUGUAGUAUUUGUCUCUAAUGUCAGGAUUAAGAAACGUGCCAAAAUUAGAACGAUCAUAGGGAACGACAAACGAAAAACAAUAGGCUUUAUCGUUUUUUUUUUUUGUUGUUGUUUUUCCUUUGUAACAUACUACUGAGUAUUUGAUCUGAGUGUGUGUGUAUAAUUUGAGCUGUAAAAACCAGUUUGAGUUCGGAUUUGAUGGCACAUGUCUAAUGUUUCUAAGAUUUAGAUCAUUUCAGGUCAAAAUGAAGUCCUUUAAAAGUCUGUGCUCUAGCUUACCCUUCAUAUGUAAGUGAGAUGUAUAGGACUAUUGCAGGAUAUUCUUUUAAUCAUAAGCUGUGAUUUUACUUUUCGGUUUUUAGAGUCAACGGCAUGAAUACGUUGUAGCCAAAUACUGUAUAAAGAUUUUUUAUUUUAUUUGCCAUUUGUUAACAGGCAGGACGAGAGGACGUGAAUCCUAUAGGACUUGUACAUUUGAAUCGAAGCACUGGGAGGGUUUUUGGAUGCAGCAGCUGUCUGUUUAUAAUUGUUCAGGGGAUAUAGAACGUUUUCCGACCGUGCAGGAAUAACGGACGUGUAGAUAUUGUAAAGAUGUACAUUUUACUUAUAUAGGAAAUGUAUGGUCAGGAAUUAUUUAUGUAGAUUACACAAAAAGUAAUGUCAGAUUUUAGUGUUCAUGGUUGCUUUAUUACUACUACUACUAUUAUUGUUAUUAUUAUUAUUAUUAUUUUGGUAUAUAAUUGAGAUUUCUUUAAGGACCAACACCAUUAAUGCCAUCUGCACAGUUUGUGUACAGGAAGACAACAAAAAGACACCACCGCACAGACAAUCAGUCUCGGGCACACAAGAAAAACACACCAAGAACACAAGCACCUGGGAAAUAGGACAUACUCAACAUGUCCAUUAAAUGCGAGAUAUUUUCUGAAGCAUGUAAGAGAUUUAUUAUAUUAAGCUGAGGCAGUUUUUUUUUAAUUGGAAAGGUUCACCAAAUUUAAAAGGAGUUGGAGAAUUUAAGACUUUAAGGCGUGCUUAAAGUGACAACUUGACACAAGCAAACUCUCUUCCGUUAAACAAACGAUUCUGGGUGUAAUGUAAUGCCGUCACGUAAGGCGCAAGAAAAUGCAGCGGUUUUUAUUUUCCUUAUAUUAUUUCUUUUCAGACCAAUAAAUGUGCAAUAUGUACCCGUGGUUGAUUCUGUUUUAUACAGAUGUGUAGAAAAAUGACACAGUAAAAAUAUCCAUCACCCUUUUCUCUGGGAAUGACACAAAUCUCUGUUGGAAGCACUUUCUGAUUAAGAUUUGUUGUUUGUUACUGCUAUUUAAAGUUUACUGUUAGAAUCAAAAAAGUUCGGUCAACAAUCUGUGAGCUGGAGUUUUUUUUGUUUUGUUUCGUUGUUGUUGUUUUUUUUGGGGGAGGGGGGGGGUUUGGCCACCCUUGCCCCUCUUCCCAUGUACACACUACACAAAUUGGUCAUUUUUACCAGAAACCACAGGAACGCAAGCCAUUUUCUGCAAGUCAUCAUUUUUAAACUAUUGCAAAAUUUAUUGAACUUAUUUUCUGUAAUUUCUUAUUUUAAUCAUAGAUCAACACUCCAACCUGUUCAGAAAUAAUCAGCCGCACUCUUACGUACGUCAGCUACACUAUAAUUUUAUAUAUAUUGAACUUCUUAUAUUGAAAUUAUAUAUAUAUAUAUAUAUAUAUAUAUAUAUAUAUAUAUAUAUAUAUAUAUAUAUAUAUAUAUAUAUAUAUAAAAUUUAUAUUAUUAUAUAAUUUAUAUUAUUAUAUAACGCCUGGGUCACGUUUUGCCGAUGUUCCAUUUUUCAAUAACUUCUGAUGAAUACACUGUCGUCUACAGAAACGACAAUCAGCGUGUAAUUUAAAAAGGGAGAAAAAAACAAAACCUUGCAUUUGCAACAUUUCUAAGUAUAUGGCACCAAAGCAUGGAGGAACAUCACGGCUGAUCCACAAUGUACUCUUCUGGGUUUUUUUUUUUCCACCAACAUUCCAACAAAACUCACAUUUCACCUUUUUUUUUUCUUUUAUCCGAGGGUUCAGAUUGUGUCCAAACGUAUCCCGUUUUUAAAAAAAACCCACAAAAAUCCCACCAACUAUGUACUUCCUACCGUGCGCUUUAAAUACAAACUACCGCUGUAAACCGUUUUGAUCUGAAUGACUUCUCAGCUCUUUUUCACCCACUUGUGCUCGAUUCUGUAUUAUUGUAUGUACUGUGGAUUAAAUACAGUUGAACAGCUA